CUGAGUGUGGCUGUGGACGGAUUUAAGAUGACCUACUGCCACAUGGAGAGAUGCGACUUAUGCUAGAAUGGUUUGGUUGUCAAGAGGAGAACAGGAAGUAACCUUUCCAAAGACAUGCUGCAAUAAAGGAAUAAUCCUCUGCUCUGUCUGUGCUUAUUAAACAACACCAUGGAGAGCAUUCAUAAUAAGCAACGGCUCUACAUCCCAAUCAGUGAGAGGAUCUGUGUGAGUCCAUCCCUCUCUGACUGCAGGGGCCCGGCCCCCCCCUUCGAAGCCCGUCUGAAGCCCCAACAAGGAUUCAUGUCUAAUGAGGAGGGUCCAGCUGAAACGCUGAAGCGAGGUCAAGCAGACAAAUCCAGCCCUGUGGAUUUGGACUCCCUUGAGACUCACUUGCUGUCAGAGUUGUUAUCGUUGUAUUUAGAGUGCCAGGAGUUGAUGAGGAUGGGAAACCAACAGGGCACGAAGAUAAAGUCAAACUUUUCAUUUGCAGAGAGUCGUGACGCUUUAUUGAAAUCCCCCAAAAUGUCGAUCCCUCUGAAGAGAAGACGAAGAUUAGAGGACACUUUUCAGGAAAACCUGAAGAUGAUAUCCAGUACUCCACGGAUCCCCUCCAAGACAAGAAGGCUGACGAAGCUCCGAUUAACAAGUUUGCCUCCUUUUCAGGAGUGUGAUGUGAUGGAGAACAGGGCAAUAUUUGACAAUCCUGCUCCCAGAAGAAAGCAAGUUGUGGACCAAGACAGAGCUUCGUUAUCACAGGGAAAGAGCUGGAGUCCAGAGGAGAUCAAACCAGCUUGGAGAGUGAGGCUGACAUCAGAUUUCCAUACAUCUUUCAAUAAGAAUGGAGUUUACUCUCCCAGAAAGGAUGGAUGUAUCCUCCCUGACUCAGAUACAGAACUUUCUGAAUAUGACAAUGAUAUGCACUCAAAUUAUACCUCCCCUGCUAGUUUUGAAUUAACUAGCAAGACAGAAGGCAGUGCCAGAAGUUCUCAAGAAGUAUGGAUCAACCAAGCAGGAAGAGAGAGACAGAAGUCUGAUGUUACUGGAGAGAAUUGGAGGUACAAAGAGACAGAAAAGGAUGCUGCGGCACAAAGACUGAGGGGCAAGAUCGAAGAGUUGGAGGGAAUAAUAAGUCGAGUGAGGCACACCAGUUCUGACUGGAUCAAAGAUGGCAGCGGUAUCUCAGAUGUUGAAUUUGAUUCCCAGCGGGAAAAACAGAAUGAUGAGUGUAAUGAGGACAAACCUAUGUGUGCAGAAGAGCUGCAGGCUUUGGGUGAAGCUCUCAGCCAAAGCUUUCAUGAAGUCCUGAGGAUGGAGGGAGCAAAAGUGGAUCCCAAGGAGGCAGGAUCAACACAAAACCUUCUCAGUGUGCCUCCGCAGUCAAACUAUUUUACUUCAGCUGUUCAGGACAAUUCUGCAUCAUCGUCUCCUUCAGCCAGUGAGGGAACUUCUCCCGUUCCCAGCCAGUGUCUGUCCCCACUUCUAAGAGUGUCUCCAAUCCUGUCACCUCUCCUUACAUCCAGGCAGAGCUCUGUUCCCAUUAGGCAGGCCGGGCUACAUGAAAAAGACCUCUCUGGGUCUCCCAGAGAAUGGAAAAGCUCAGCUGAAGAUGAUGUAUUCUCUGGGGAGGACAUCACAGACUUCAGAUACACCAGAGAGACAGAGGCCUGUCUGGAUCUACUCUCUUCAGACGAGGCUUUGCAGAGGCAGGAAGAGCUCUGGCAGCAGGAGGUCGAGGAGUCUCUCUUCAUCUGCAGCUCACUCUCUCAUCCCUCCAGACCCAAACAUGUUGACUUCCUGCGCAUCACUCCCCCUGAAGAUGACAUCAUUGAUACGCCGACAUCUACGCCUCUGCCAAUGGACUUCAGGUCAGAGGCAUCCACUCCUGGAGAGGGCGAAGAGCGAACUCCAGGUCGUCUACAAGCUGUAUGGCCGCCACUGAAGGAGGAAAAGGUUGGGCUGAAGUAUACAGAAGCAGAGCACCAGGCAGCUCUCCUGCAGCUAAAGAGAGAAUGCAAAGAGGAGCUGGAGAAGCUUCAGGAGGACUUUGGUGUGGAACUUUUAAGGCUGAAAGAAGAAAAUGAGAAGACUGUCGGCCAUCUGCAGUUCAGUCUGUCGAAGGUGCAGGCCGAACUCUCUCAGGCCGGGACUCGCUAUUGCGGAGGGCUCAGAGAUGUUGCUGUAUCAACAGGAGACGAUUCUAUACACAAAUCUUUCCGCACAGUGUGUAUUCAAACAGACAGAGAGACGUUUGUGAAGACUCCUGAGGAUGGAGUGGGAUCAGGGAACUCGAGCCCCCAGCAAUCGAGGGUGACCCCCAGAAAACUGGACCUGGCCUCUAUCAGCCUCAACCUGGCAGGACAGAGGGACGAUUCUUUGUCUUCUUCACAUGAGACUCCUACUUCUGCAGCCUCAUGGCCUCCAUCAGAGCAACAUGCUGCUCCUUUUCAGACAACACCAUCACACAAAACAGACAACCUGCCUCCACCUCCUCCGCCUCCUCCACCUCCUCCAUGUUCAUCUUUAAACCACAUGCAGCCCUCCAAUGGUCCCCCUCCUCCCCCACCUCCUCCUCCUCCUCCAUCCAUGCCAGGCUUAGCUCCCCCUCCUCCUCCUCCAGGUGGAGGUCUUACAUUUGAUAAACCUCCCAGGAAACCAGCAGUGGAGCCUUCCCGACCGAUGAGGCCGCUCUACUGGACCAGAAUCCAGAUCCAUGACAACAAUAACAACACUCUGUGGAACGUUCUAGAGGAACCAAACAUAAUUAACACCAAGGAGUUUGAGGAUCUCUUUGCUAAAACCACCACACAGCCAAAGAGGAAGCCGCUCUCUGAGGCUUAUGAGAAGAAAGCCAAAGCCAGGAAGAUCAUUAAGCUGUUGGACGGUAAACGCUCUCAGGCUGUGGGCAUCCUCAUAUCCAGCCUCCACCUGGAGAUGAAAGACAUACAGCAAGCCAUACUGACAGUGGAUCACUCCGUGGUGGACUUGGAGACCAUAGAAGCGCUUUAUGAAAAUAGGGCGCAGCCAGAGGAACUAGAGAGAAUCCAGAAACACUACGAGACGUCAGAGGAAGAGGAGGUUAAACUGCUGGACAAACCUGAACAGUUCCUGUAUGAGCUGUCUCAGAUCCCAGACUUUGCAGGCAGAGCUCACUGCAUCAUCUUCCAGUCAGCUUUUAUUGAUGGGAUCGCUUCUAUCCAGCGCAAGCUUAACACUCUCUCCUCUGUCUGUCAGACUCUUCUGGAGACUGAAGGUGUGAGGGAUGUGGUUGGACUGGUGCUCGCUCUGGGGAACCACAUGAACGGAGGCAGCAGAGUCAGAGGGCAGGCUGACGGCUUCGGACUGGAGAUUCUCCCUAAGUUGAAGGAUGUGAAGAGCAGGGAUAAUCGUAUCAGCCUGGUGGACUAUGUGGUGUCGUACUACCUGCACAAUGUGGACAAGAAUGCUGGCACGGAGAAGAGCAUGUUCCCUCUUCCUGAACCACAGGAUGUCUUCCUUGCAGCACAGGUCAAGUUUGAUGACCUCAACAGAGACCUGAGGCAGCUCGGCCGAGACCUGACAAGGUGUGAGAAAGAUGUGCAGAAAGUUUGCUCUGAUUCUCCUGAAGAACACCUGCAGCCGUUUAAAGACAAGAUGGAGGCUUUUGUUCUCAGUGCACGAAAAGAUCAUGGAGAAACUUCCUAUCAGCUGAUGACUGUACAGAAAAGUUUUCAGGACCUAGUUAAGUACUUUGGACUGAAGCCCAAAACAGGAGAGACGGAGGUGACGACCAGUUAUUUCUUCAUGCUCUGGUUUGAGUUCAGCGCCGACUUCAAGGCCAGGUGGAAAAGAGAGAACAAGAACGUCUCAAAAGAGAGACUAAAAGAGGCUCAGCUGUCUGUGAAAAGAAUCACAUCAGAGAAGAAGGUGGAGACCAGAAAGAUCAACCCUAACAGCCUGAAAGAGCGUCUGCGACAGAAAGAAGCCAGCAUGUCCUCAAAUUAAGAGACUCAAGAGAGAGAUGCAACAAAGCUGCACACACACGACAGACAGCAUCACCCUGUGCAAGGACCCGACACCAAAACCAAUAUUUAAAUGUCUAUUUACCUUUUAUAAUAUAAACAUCAAAUGCAUUCACUAUCCAUCCACUGACAACUUCAUUUGAUAUCUUUUACUACCUGAAAUGUUAGUAAUUUAAAAAAAGAAAAAAAUCCUGUGCAAUAUGUAGACACAGAUUUACUUUGUACUUUAUAUUUAAAUAGACACCUCCUGUAUCUGCA